AUGGGUCAUCACACUUGCUGCAACAAACAGAAGGUAAAGAGGGGUUUGUGGUCGCCCGAGGAAGACGAGAAGCUAGUAAAUUACGUUUCUACCCAUGGCCAUGGCAGUUGGAGUGCUGUCCCUAGACUUGCUGGAUUGCAAAGGUGUGGGAAAAGCUGCAGGCUGAGAUGGAUAAAUUAUCUAAGGCCUGAUCUCAAAAGGGGCAACUUCUCUCCCCAUGAGGCAGCCAUUAUCAUUGAGCUUCACAAAGUCCUAGGAAAUAGAUGGGCUCAAAUAGCGAAACAUCUACCCGGACGAACCGACAACGAAGUGAAGAACUUUUGGAACUCGAGCAUCAAAAAGAAGCUAAUUAACUCGGCGAACCAUACUCAGAGAUUUUCCCCUCACCUCCCGAAUUUUAGCGGCUACUCCCCCACCGAGACUCUCUACAUCAUAAACAAUACAAACCCGCGCAUUACAAACAACAGCAACAACAACAAUAACAACAACGACAACAACUUUAUCGGUCUGAACCCCCAAAUAAAUCAUAUUUACACAACCACCCCGAAUAUAAUUUCCCCCCUGCCCCUCGACAAUCUAGGGUUUAAUAAAUUAAACCCCACCGUAAUCGAUCCCCUAUUUCUGACCAACAACGAUUUCCAUGCCAACUUAAUAAGCACGGCCGCCCCAUCUUUUCCAAAUAGUUCAGGGUUCAAUCAAACCCUAAACCAUCAAGAUGAUGGUUUCAUUCGUGGGCCCGGCUCGCUUUUGUCGACAAUAGAUCAUAAUCUUCCUCCAGCUGUCCCGAUUGAGGCGAAUGUUGAUGAAAUCAACGUGGGGUUCAAUUUUGGGGCGCCUUCCCGAUCGUCGUAUGUAGGGACAAACGAGGCUCUUCUCGAGGGUGUUGUCGGGUUUUCGUCCGCUGCAGCCAGUGCAUCUGAUAGUAAUCUGACGACGCACUCGCACAGCGGAUCGGGUGCACACACGCGCUAUUCUUAA